GGAAGGUGCGAUCCCCGAAACGGAUGCUGAGGGUCUGCUGGUGACUGGGGAGUGUUCGGAAAGGGGGAGGAAAAUGCGGAGAAGUCUGAAACAGAGGAACUGGGACUGCGGGAAGAAGGGUCCCAUGGUGGCCGUGGGGCACUGGGAGUGCAGAGUCGGGUUUGCCCCGGAGCUCUUGGCUACUGUGGCUGCUGGGGGGGUUGCUUGGGGGUCACCCCCGGACCUGUAUCCUGCACACACAGGACUGUUCCAGGAGGUGGUUAAGUCCGAGGGUCACUUCAUUAACGGCACCGACUGCGUGAGGUUGGUGGAGAGGAACAUCUCCAACCGGGAGCAGUUCCUGCACUUCGGCAGCGAUGUGGGGCUGUACGGGGACACGUCCUCUGGGGACAAGGUUGCCAGGUACUGGAACAGCGACCCGGAAUGGAUGGAGCACAGAUGGGCUGCAGAGAACAGGCACUGCUGGCACAACCAGGAGUUGUCCAGCCCGUUCCUCGUGGAGCGCAGAGCUGAGCGUGGGGCAGAGCGUGUCCCCUCGGGCCCUGCCCUGGGAAUGUCCCUGGAGCCCCUCAGAACCUCCCUGGGAAUCCCUCUCAGUGCCAUACCAGCCUUCUCCAAUCUCUCCCAGUUCGCCCCAGCUGAUCCCAGUGUGUCCUCACUCUCUCCCAGUGCCCCCCAGUGUGUCCAUCUCACUGUGGCCCUCGAGCUCCCAGCCCAGCCCCCACUGCGUCUGUGCUCUGUGAUGGAUUUCUACCCUGGCCACAUCCAGCUGAGGUGGUUCCAGGGCCAGCAGGAGCUCUCAGGGCAUGUGGUGGCCCCUGACCUGGUUUCUGGGGGUCCGGACCCCUGUGGAUCCCCAGAGGUGCUGCUGGACGCCGCCCGCAGGAAGGUGCUGAUGGGGAUCGGGGGCUCCGUGUUGGGCCUCGUCUCCCUGGCGCUGGGGCUCGGCUUCUACCUGGGCAAGAAGGUGAGGGGGGGUCACAGGAGGUCGCCUUUCCCCUCCUCUGGAGCGUGUGUGCUCCCCCUGGGGACCCCUGGCAUGGUGUCACCCACUUUUCCUCUGCCCAGGGAGCUCCUGACCCAGCAGUGGCUGCAACACAAGAUGCCUGAGAUGAACUUUGGCAAGCAGGAACCCCCAGCCUAA